UUCAAGUAGCCCUUGGUGCAGAUAAAAAUGGCCUUGAUAUGAGGAACUUAAACUUGCUUUAAAUCGACCAAGAAAAGCUUCUCAUAAGACACAUGGUUAAAUUACUGACAACAGAUUCACAGAGAUGUUAUUAGGCUUUACUUGCGAUGAGGCAACCAGUAUUCAAUACCACAAAGGCGGGAAUACACAUUACAGGGAAGUUAAACAGUUCGAUAACAAGAAAUCAUUUCUUCACCAUUGUUGAAAUACUAAAAUGGUAGAUGUGACUUUGCACUUCGUCAUUUUAGCCUCUAUGUCAAUCCUCAUUGUGGCUGCCAAUAUCAUCGUUUGCGUAUCUGUAGUAACAAACGCUCAACUUCGCACUUACACAAACGGAUUUCUCGUAUCUUUGGCCGUUUCAGACAUUUUAACGGGCGGACUCUUCUUUCCCGUUCACCUUAGUGGGCCAUAUUCGCCUGUAGCUUUCACAGAAGGUUACUUGGUUGCUUUCGUUCUGUUGGCUGGUGUUGGCAAUAUUUGUUUGGUCACAUGGGAUCGCUAUAUUGCUGUUACCAAACCGUUCCAGUACAAGGAAACAGUGAAGAAACACUUCUCAAAGAUGAUUAUCGUGAUUUGGGCAAUUUCCUUACUCGUUGCUCUCUUACCUCUGACAUGGAAGACAGAUUACAAUAUCGUCAUUCACAAAGUGUAUCUCUUUUGCUUAAUGGGCUUUUUUGUUGUCAUCCCGUACGCAGCAAUAUUUCUUGCUUACUACAAAAUUGGUCAGAAUUUGAGGAAACACCAACAGAAAAUUCGCAAACACUCUCACGCCACUGGUUCUCAUAAAUGCAAAAGAAUGAAAGCAGAGGCUAAAGUCACCAAAGUUUUUCUCGCUAUUGUAAUGAUAUUUGUGUUAUCAUGGUUGCCGAUCAUUUAUAUGACAACAGUUGCCAGUUUGAACAAGCUUAACUUAUCCCCUGACGCUCUUCAAAAAGCUUCUCUUUAUACCGUGGCACUUUCUUCCUUAGCAAAUCCUUUACUUUACGCAUUUGUUAAGCAGGACUUUCGGCGGCAGUUUAAAAGACGCUCAGCGCGCCAAGGGAUAAGUUCUGUUUCUGCAGCUGCCAAUAAAAUGAUGGAGCCUCCAACGGCACCUUGUAGGACGGAAAAGGGCCGCAAAAAAAAUACAGUCAUUUACGUCAAAUAUUUCUCCCUACGGAGCUAA